AGGCUUCUGUGCCAGCUGUGCCAGGGUAACCUCCCCAAGUGUCUGCUUCCACAGGUAUAAGACGGAAGUAGUUAGAAUUAAUGAUUCCUAAGAUUCGUCCCUGCCCAGUCACCGCCUUUAAGGGACGUCUGCAGCCUUCUGCAUCAGGCAUUCGGUUUCUCGCAGCACCUGCGACCGGUAACCAGGUAUAGUCCUUCCAGGACUCAGUCACUGAACCAGCGCUGGUCGAACACGUGUUCUGUGCCUGGCGACAGCCGUGUUUGCAGAGAUCUACGAGGUGACGGAGGAGGAGGAAAGACAACGAAGCAAGUAACCAGAUGGAAGCAACGCCCAAGCUCGUGCGACACCGCCAGCGCGUCCCCGAGUCGGGCGGGAGACUCAACCCGUCCUCAGCGCGGGGAGCUGGGUCCUGAGGCAGGUCGAGGUCUCGGCCGCGGGAGGCGGGGGGGGGGGGGGGGGGGGGGGACGGGCUCCGGGUCACGUGCUCGCGGCACUUGCCCCGAUUCAAUCUGACGCACUUCGUGCGAUUUGAUUAACGCGUGUCCCUGCUAGACCUCAAGUUCCUGAGCUGCGGGACAGCGUGUGCGCGUGUCCACCGUUUCCCCCAGAGGCUCACACACCGUGUCACGCUUAGUAACUGCUGAAGAAUGGAUUUAAAAAAAAAAAAAAAAAAGGCCCCCGCGAGCGUGUCGCGUCCAAACAUCUUCCAGAGUGGCCGGUCCGCUGAGGCGGGCGCCCUGUGCAGCCCACUCGAGCGCCCGCAGAGUCAGCUCCGCCCGCGCACCGACCCCCCGGGGGCCGCCUCGGGGUCACAAACCACCGCCGUCACCGCGCCCUGCGCGCUGGAGGUGGGUUAACAGCCUCCCCGAGGCCCGGCCAGGGUUCUCGAGGCCCGCGGUGCCGUCCGGGCCCGCGGUUGCCGGGCCAGAAAGGCAGCAUCUGGACGUCGCGGACAGAAAACCUGCUUAGCUUCCGGACAGACGGGCGGAGGGGUGUGUCACAACGGCAGUCACUGGGGAGUUCCGACACGUCUACCCUCGCUGCCGGCCGGAAGCGCCCGGUACGAUCACGCGACGGCUCACCCGACACCCCCGGGCCGCUCCGAGGCGUGGAGGCAGAGCCCCCCCUAGCGGCCCCGGAGGCCGCGCCGCGAGAUUCCCGCAAGAUCCCGUCUCCCAGCCACGCCCAGACUCGCGAGAGUAGGAACGGCGGUCUCAAAGGGCUCCACGGAACGGAACUUCCUAUGUCUAGUGUUCCUACACGGAAGGAUCUGAAUUCACCGGAAUCGAUCGGCGUUCAAGGGCAAAAGCGAAGAGGGAGGUGCUCUUAAGGUGACAAAGCCUACCGGACGGAGCGGAAGUCCUUGUUCCUACGCCGCACGGAGAGGAUCCUGGGGGCCGGAAGGAGGUGGAAACUCCUGCCGCGGAGCAGUUCGCGGGCGGCCUGUCCGGGGAGGAGAGCGCGUGGCUGUGGAAAGAGGCGUGUGGCUGCAGCGCGUGGCCGUUGGCGGCGGUCGGAGGUGACCGAAGGCCUGACGUCGCUGUGGAACUGGAGCCCGUGAGUGAUGGUGGGGAGAUCCCGGCGGCGCGGCGCGGCCAAGUGGGCAGCUGUGCGAGCCCAGGCUGGUCCCGGCCCAGAGGACGAAAAUGAAGACGAUUCAGAGUUGCCCCCCUCGCCUGGGGACUCCAGCUACUACCAAGACAAGGUAGACGAUUUCCAUGAGGCCCGAUCCCGGGCUGCCUUGGCUAAAGGCUGGGGCGAACUGGAGAGCGAGGGGGAGGAGGAGGACGGUGAUGAGGAGGAGGAGGUUCUGCCCCUGGAUCUUGCUGAUGAGGACGACGAAGGUGGAGAGAGCGCGGGGGAGGACGCGGAUGACGAUGGCGGGAGCUCCGUGCAGAGUGAGGCCGAGGUGUCCGUGGAUCCCAGUUUGUCGUGGGGUCAGAGGAAAAAACUUUACUAUGACACGGACUACGGUUCCAAGGCCCGACGCCGACAGAGUCAACAAGAAGUGGAGGAAGAGGAAAGAGAGGAGGAAGAGGAAGCGCAGCUCAUUCAGCGGCGCCUCGCGCAAGCCCUGGAGGAGGACGACUUUGGGGUCACCUGGGUCGAGGCCUUUGCAAAACCAGCACCUCAGGUCGAUGAGGCGGAGACCCGCGUCGUGAAGGAUCUGGCGAAAGUUUCAGUGAAGGAGAAGCUGAAGAUGCUGCGGAAGGAGUCACCAGAGCUCUUGGAGCUUCUAGAAGACCUGAAGGUGAAGCUGACUGAAGUGAAGGAUGAGCUGGAGCCGCUGCUGCAGCUGGCGGAGCGAGGGGUCAUUCCCCCCGGAAAGGGGAGCCAGUACCUGAGGACCAAGUACAACCUCUAUCUGAACUACUGCUCCAACAUCAGCUUCUAUUUGAUCCUGAAAGCCAGGAGAGUCCCCGCGCAUGGACAUCCCGUCAUAGAGAGGCUUGUCACCUACCGCAAUUUGAUCAACAAGCUGUCAGUCGUAGAUCAGAAGCUGUCUUCUGAAAUCCGUCAUCUGCUCACAUUUAAAGAGGAUGCUGGGAAGAAAGGACUGAAUUCGAGAGCAAAAUCCACCAAGGCCAGGCCAAAAUCUGUUUCAGAGACCACUGCUGCUGCCUCUGCUGUUGCAGCCUCGUCUGAUGAUUCCGAUCUUGAUGAAGAAGCUGCGCUGAAAUUCUAUAAGGAAAUAGAAGACAAGCAGAAGUUGAAGAGAAAGAAAGAAGAAAAGAGUGUUGACGAACAGGCUCUUGAAGAUCAGAAUGCGAAGAGAGCCAUUACCUAUCAGAUCGCUAAAAAUCGAGGACUUACACCCAGGAGAAAGAAGAUCGAUCGCAAUCCCAGAGUGAAACACCGAGAGAAGUUCAGAAGAGCCAAAAUCCGCAGGAGAGGGCAGGUCCGAGAAGUCCGGAGAGAGGAGCAGCGUUACACUGGCGAACUCUCUGGCAUUCGCGCGGGAGUUAAGAAGAGCAUUAAGCUUAAAUAACGUUUUCACUUGGCUUAAGUUUUUCGGCAAUAAUUUUAGAUCAAUAAAUUUUUAUCUUUAA